AGAGCAAUGAGUUCAUCCUGUACGCUGUGAGGAACUCCAUCCAUCGCUAUGACUUAGCCACAGGCACAGACCAGAGCCUGCCUCUGGCCGGCCUCAGGGAGGCUGUAGCUCUGGACUUUGACUAUGACAGGAACUGUCUGUACUGGGCCGACAUCUCCCUGGAUACCAUUCAGCGUCUCUGUCUAAAUGGCAGUACAGGUCAGGAGGUCAUAGUAAAGAAAGACUUGCAAAAUGUGGAAGCGCUGACCUUUGACCCUGUCAGCAGACUGCUUUAUUGGGUUGAUGCUGGAGCCCAGAAGAUUGAGGUCUCUAAUCCUGAUGGGGACCUACGUCACACGCUACUGAACUCAUCCAUCCUGGAACAUCCUCGAGCUCUGGUCCUGCUGCCAGCAGAGAGUCUGAUGUUCUGGACGGACUGGGGGGAGCGAGCAGCUGGAGUUUACAGGAGCUACAUGGACGGAACAAAUGUGUCCUGCAUCGUGUCAGAAGGUGUCCGCUGGCCCAACGGUAUCACAGCUGAUGACCACUGGCUGUACUGGACCGAAGCCUUCAGCGACCGCAUCGAGAAGGCCGACUUUACAGGGGGCCAGAGGAGCGUUCUUGUUGAGGGUCUGCCCCAUCCAUACGCCAUAGCUGUUUUCAAGAAUGAUCUGUACUGGGACGACUGGUCAAAAAUGGGAAUUUUCAAAGCUUCAAAGGCCGGAUCUCAAAGCAAUGAGCUGAUUGUUGGCAGACUAACUGGGGUCAUGGACCUGAAGAUCUUCUAUAAGGGGAAGAACAGAGGACAUAAUGCCUGUGCUGAACAACCGUGCCGCCUGCUGUGCCUGCCUCAGCCUAGCCAGCGGUACACCUGUGUUUGCCCCGAUGGUAUCCCCAUGGUAACCAUGCCUGAUGGAGAGCUGAAGUGUCAGUGUCCCUCUGGCUACCAGCUUCAAAACCAAACCUGCAUGAAGAACGAUUUCAGCUGUUUGCCCAACCAGUACCGCUGCUCCAAUGGUCGCUGCAUCAGCAGCAUCUGGAAGUGCGACAGCGACAACGACUGUGGAGACAUGAGUGAUGAACAGGAGUGCCCCACCACUACUUGUGACCCAUCCAACCAGUUCCGCUGUGUGACGUCAGGCUCCUGUAUCCCCCUGGCCUUUAAAUGUGACAAUGAAGAUGACUGUGGUGACAACAGUGAUGAAGAGCACUGUGUGGGCCACCAUACCUGUGAGCCCAGCAGCUUCCAGUGUCACACUGGUCACUGCAUCCCACUGCGCUGGAAGUGUGACGGAGACGAUGACUGUCAGGAUAACUCCGAUGAAGAUUCACAAAACUGUGAGGGAGCCCACUGUAAAGGUUUCCUCUGCUCCAACAGUACCUGCCUGCCUGCUGCAGCACACUGCAAUGGCAUCCAGGACUGUCCGGAUGGUGCUGAUGAACAGAGCUGUGACCCGUUGUGUACUCGCUACAUGGAGUUUGUGUGUAAGAACCGAGCCCAGUGUCUGUUCCAGUCCCUGGUUUGUGAUGGCAUCAAACACUGUGAAGAUGGGUCUGAUGAAGAUGUGGAGUAUGCUGAAUGUGCCACAUCAUCUGAAUUUGGCAAAGUGUGUGACGCCUACACCUUCCAGUGUGCCAAUGGGCUGUGUGUGAGCCUGGAGUGGAAAUGUGACGGCAUGGAUGACUGUGGGGAUUACUCUGAUGAAGCUAACUGUGCUGCUCCCACUCAGGUCCCAGGCUGCUCCAGGUAUUUCCAGUAUGAAUGCAGAAAUGGGCGCUGCAUUCCAACCUGGUGGAAGUGUGAUGGAGAGAAUGACUGUGGUGACUUGUCAGAUGAGGCCCAGUGCACAGGUGGAGUUACCCCUCACAGUGUGACACCUGGCCCCACUUCCUGUGCCCCAAACCGGUUCCACUGUGGAUCUGGAGCGUGUAUCAUAAACACCUGGGUGUGUGAUGGAUAUCCUGACUGUCCUGAUGGCAGCGAUGAGCUUGGAUGUCCUACGGCUAAUAACGCAUCAACGCUGACCCUGGCACCCACCCAGGCCCCACCUCCAUCACCUGGCCACUGUACUCGUGGUCAGUUCCAGUGUCGCCGACCCCCCCACUGCAUCCCAGAGUGGCUGCGCUGUGAUGGCCACUUCAACUGUGAGGAUGGCUCUGAUGAGGCUCACUGUCCCACUCGAGAGCCUCUCCUGUGUGUUAACGGGACUCGCUGCUCUGACGGUGAAGCCUGUGUUCUGGACAAUGAGAGGUGUGAUGGUUUCCUGGACUGCUCAGACCACAGCGAUGAGGACAACUGCACCUCUGACUCACUUGCCUACAAAGUCCAGAAUCUCCAGUGGACACCAGACUUCUUGGGUGCCGUCACCCUAACCUGGUCUCGUCCUAAAAACCUCCCCUUGAACUCCUGCUACUUCCUCAUCUACUACAGGCUUGUGGGCACCCAGCAGUGGAUCAUCAUGGAGACCCACAGCAACAAAACCAGCUACAAGCUCACUGUGCUGAAACCUGACACCACGUACCAUGUGAAGGUGCUCACUCAGUGUCUCAGGAAGCUCCACAAGACCAACGAUAUGAUCACAAUCAGGACCCCUGAGGGACUGCCUGACCCUCCCAGGAACCUGCAGCUGACUUGUGACAACGAUAAGGAUGGGACAGUACAAGUUUCCUGGAGUCCUCCUGAUAACAGACACGGCUUGAUCAGAGAGUACAUUGUUGAAUACAGUGAGGAUGGGAGUCUUGACUGGAUGUCUCAAAGAUCCAUUAAAACCAGCAGCGAGGUCAAUGAGCUGCAGCCUGACACACUGUACAAGUUCAGGGUGGCUGCUGUGACGAGUCGGGGGGUUGGAAACUGGACUGAAAUCAAAUCCAUCACUCCCAAAAAAGCUCUGCCCCCUCCCACUGUGACCAGCAGCAGCAGCAGCACAGACUCUGUUAACCUGACCUUCAGCUUUAACUCCAAGUAUGAUGUGAAAUAUUACAUUGUGAUUGUGUCCUGGCAGUUUGACACUCAUGUCAAGGAGAGUAAGAACUACACAGUCCAGGGAGAUGCCUUCACAGCUACAAACAUGACAGCAGGGACUCUGUAUGAGGUUGCAGUGUGGGCUCACACCACCAUAGGAGACAGUCCAACAUCUCUGUCCCAUCACCAGACCAAAGGCAAGCAGCCAGAGAAACCUCUACUCAAAGCUAAGGCUCUGAACCAGACAGCUGUGGAGUGCACCAUCAUCAGUGAGCCUCCUGCACAGGUGUAUGGAGUGUUCUAUGCCACCUCCUUCCUGGAUUUGUACCGACGUCCUCGUCAGGUCCGAAGCUCGUCUCUCAGCCUCACAGUGACUGUGGACAGUGAUGAACAGUUUCUCUUCCUG